AUGGACCACGGGGAAGGAGAAGACUGCAACGCUUUUCCCUACGACGAAUCUUUCUACGACCUUUCAGAGAGCAUAAACGGAUUAAUCUGCUUGAACGGCCCCAAACCCCGAUUCUGCAAUCUAAGCACCAGAGAGUCUGUGACGCUGCCGCCCUCAAGAUUAAGCUUCCCAGAAUCAUGCUUCUCAUUGGGCUUUGACUCUUGCAGCAACACCUACAAAAUCUUGAAGGCUUCGAUAACCUAUCAGCCAGGGAGUUGCGUAUGCGAGAUUCUCACUCUCGGCUCCAAAACAUGGAGGGAAGUUACAGUUGAUUCUUAUUAUUUCCCUGUCCUUAAGUACCUGCAGAUUAUAUGCGUCCUUGGAAGUCUGUAUUGGGAUCAUGAGCUCUUAGACGCAAUAGUGGCGUUUGGUCUGGUGGAGGAGAGGUUUCGACUGGUUCCACCACCGGCCGGUGUGCCCACUGCCCAGUACAGUUCUUUGGCACAGUUGGAUGGGCGUCUGGUGAUGGUGAAUUACAGGGGUCUGAUCAGUGGGGACACUAUACCGAUAUGGGUACUGGAAGAUGAUCAAAAUGGGAUUUGGAGUAUGAAGCAAAGAAUUGUGUUUUCCUCUAUUUCGAAUGGGGUUUGGAGUAUGAAGCAAAGAAUUGUGCUCUCCUAG